UGGUCUUAUUAUAAAUGCAUGGUGCUGACCAGUACAACCACAACAACAAUGAAAGCUAUCAUUCAGAGGGUGAACAGGGCGACAGUGACAGUGGGAGAGGAGCAGAUCAGCUCAAUAGGACGAGGACUGUGUGUGCUGCUGGGUAUAUCUGUGGAAGACACCCAGAGGGAUGCUGACUACAUAGUACGCAAGAUCCUGAACCUGCGGCUGUUUGAGGACGACAACGGGCGAGCGUGGAGCAAAAGCGUCAUGGACCGGGAAUUCGAGGUGCUGUGUGUGAGCCAGUUCACCCUGCAGUGCAUACUGAAGGGCAACAAGCCAGACUUUCACUCAGCCAUGCCCGCAGAGCUGGCUCAGCCUUUCUACAACAGCAUCCUGGAGAACAUGAGGAGCACCUACAAGCCCGAGCUCAUCAAAGAUGGGGCGUUUGGGGCCCACAUGCAGGUCCAGAUUCAAAACGACGGACCUGUUACCAUCGAGCUGUCAUCACCUGCUGGUCCCACAGACCCCAAACAGCUGUCGAAGCAGGAGAAGCAGCAGCAGAGGAAAGAGAAGACACGCUCCAAGGGCCCCUCGGAAUCGAGCAGGGAGAAGAGCGCCAUGCGUUCCCGACAGGACCACAACGCCAGCAGUGGGGCGGAGGGCGACGUGUCUUCAGAGAGGGAGCCCUAGGUCAGCAGGAUGUCAUUAUCGGGGACAUGACGGUGAGCCCAGUUUACUCAAGAAGGCCUUAAUCCUCAGUGACUCAUAGACCUGAAUGUGGACUGUCCUUCCUGUUUUUGGAGAUCAGCAAGACACUCUCGGGCCUGUCACAGAUCAUCGUCCCCUCUUCGCUGGUGUCCUCAACCUCUCUCUUCCAAAAUUAGAUGGGGACCGGCUAGGUGUAAACAAAGUAACAAAUGAAAAUGUCUAGCAGCAAAGCAGUGCCCAGUUUUCUGAGAUUUAUGAAGGGAGAUUGAGCAAGGGUGCACAGACGACAUGGGACCCAACAGCAGCAUUGAACUAUGUGGUCCUGUAGUUUCUGUGCUCUCUUACUUUGUCUACUUCCCUCCAACUGCCUGUCUACUCAGGUUUCUACCUCCUUCUGUUUGCCUCUCUCUUUCAGAUUCUUCCCACCUGUCCUACUCUCUCAGUCCACUGUUUCCACUUAAUCUUUGCUAAGAGUAAUGACACCAACCUCGAAGCAUAACUCAACUCCAAGUUCUCGGCUUGUUGUACAGCCGCGUGAACAUCAAAGCAAUGCUAAUGUAGCAGCCAGUGACACCUCAUAAUUGGCGUAGUAACAUGUGUAAAGUCUAUCUUGAAUUAAUUGGGUAUUGUAGAGGACUUGUAUGAAAAGACUGGGGGAUAAAUACUAAACCUGUCACAAUUAUCAUCAGACAUGCAAAAUUCACUUUUAGGAGGUAUUUACUAGGACUAAAGAUGCAGAUGUGCUGAGUUGAAGUGCAGCUAAAUAAGAUGUGAUGCUGAGCUGCUUUGACAUGUGUUCUCGCUGCUGGACUCAGAAUACUAAAUAUUAAUUGAAUAGCCUGAUGUCAUCUCGAGAAAAAGGUCAGUGAUUUAAUGAGUUAUGAAAAUCCAUGCAGAUCUUUUCGAGGAAAAACAAAACAUUGUACUUCUGAAUUAUCUCCCUGUAUGUUUUAAAGUCUAACUGAAAUGAAAUACCUUUAACCCUUUUUUCCUGCUGCAGCAUACAACUCAUCUACAACAUUUAAGUACAAAUGUCAACAUUGGUUGCUUUAGAUCCUUACUCUUCAAUACCACUGCUAAUAAAACAGUGGCUGUGUCCGUAAACACUCCCUUAUUCACUAAUUCACUACUCCCUAUAUACCGGGAAUAAAGACUAAAUAGUUCACUUUAUAAUUAGCAUCAAAUCAAGAUUUUUUGUGACGAUAGUUUUCACAGCUUUAAAAUGUGGAGCAUUGCAUCGUGGGAUUAUUAGCAUUAAGUAGCGUACAUGCCAUGGACGUUACUUUUUUGGUUCCAUGGUGGAAUAUUGGUGGCUCUGUAUAGUGGAUAUAUUUACAUACUGAGCAUUUGGACACUAAAAUGGUGAAGGGUAAAUGUAGUGCACUAGAUAGUAAGUAGGGAGUGAUUUCGGACACAGCUACUGUCUGUCUUUAACUUUUAAGCUACAGUUAGCAACGUUUGUUUACUUACUGUCCCUGUAUACCUCUACCUGCUCAGCUGUCAGUCAAACACAUGAACUAACCUGCAUGCUUAGAAGCUACUGGAGCACUUCAUAUAUAUCUGUAAAAGGCCUAUUAUUCUUCAACUAUUAAAAAGAAAAGAUAUUGGCAAUCGAUUUAAACAUUUUUGGCAUGAUUUUGAAAACAAAAGUAGGAAAGUAUGAUGUCAUUUCAGUUGGACUUUAAAUCUUAAAGGUUACCUGUCUGUCUGUCAAACACUGAAUCAUUUUAUCACCCUGUCAGACCCGCUCAGAGGAAAUAAUCAUUGUGACUGUAGGGAGGGAUAGUGCUACGCCGCUCGCUUCAGCUGUAGUCGAUUUCAUGUCUAUGAUCGAGUAGUCUCUUCUUAGUGACUAUGAGUCAGUUUGUCUCAAUUACCUGUACUUUACCUCUGUGGAGAGGGGCUAGCUGUGCUUCACUACCAGUGAACACUGACACCAGUGUGGUCAAGCUGGACUGCGGCCCCAUGAAAAUACACCUACUGUACUAUUUAUAGACCUUUUGAUUAUUAUACUAUCUUGC